AUGUCAACAAAGCCAAAAGAUGGAGCAAAUCAGUCUGUGGUGUCAGAGUUUGUGUUCCUGGGAAUCACAAAUUCAUGGGAGAUCCAACUUCUCCUCUUUGUGUUCACCUCCACAUUUCACGCGGCAAGCAUGAUGGGAAACUCCCUCAUUAUGCUCACUGUGACUUCUGACCCUCACUUACACUCCCCCAUGUACUUUCUGUUAGCCAACCUCUCCUUCAUUGACAUGGGAGCUUCUUCUGUCACUUCUCCCAAGAUGAUUCAUGACCUUUUCAGGAAACAUAAAGUCAUCUCCUUUAGUGGCUGCAUUGCUCAAAUCUUCUUCAUCCACAUCAUUGGUGGUGUGGAGAUGGUGCUACUUAGAGCCAUGGCCUUUGACAGAUAUGCCAUAUGUAAACCUCUCCAUUAUCUGACCAUCAUGAGCCCAAGAUUGUGCAUCUUCCUUUUAGUGGCUGCCUGGAUAAUUGGCCUUGUCCACUCCAUGGUUCAACUGGCUUCUGUGGUAAACUUACCCUUCUGUGGGCCUAAUGUGUUGGACAGCUUUUACUGUGACCUUCCUUGGUUCAUCAAACUUGCCUGCAUAGACACAGAUCAAGUAGAGUUCAUGGUCACAGCCAACAGUGGACUCAUCUCUGUUGGCUCCUUCUUCAUUCUGAUCAUUUCCUAUAUAGUCAUCAUUCUCACUGUUAAGAAACAGUGUUCAGUGGGUUCAUCCAAGGCACUGUCCGCACUGUUAGCUCACAUCACUGUGGUCAUCUUAUUCUUUGGUCCUUUGAUAUUUUUCUUUAUGUGGCCAUUUCCUUCCACACCCCUGGAUAAGUUUCUGGCCAUCUUUGAUGCAGUUCUCACUCCUUUCCUGAAUUCUGUCAUUUACACCUUCAGGAAUCAAGAAAUGAAGGUGGCAAUGAGGAGAGUAUACAGACAGCUAGUGUAUUACAGGAGGUCUCUUAAGUGA